AAAUGGUUGUAAGUUGAAGACUUCCUGUACUGUUUCACACACUGCUGCUAUAAAGUUGCUAUUUGAGACAGGUUUUAAAGCUUUUUUGAGGCUUUUAAAAUUGUUCUAGUGUGUCAAAAACCCUGUGCUGAUUCUUCAAUACAGUAUGUGUCAUGUAGUAGAUGUUAAUACCUUUUAGUGGUUAGGACCCCACAGUUCAACAUUUAUUUACAAAUAAUUCUCUUGUAUUGGCACUUUCUUGUUUACCAGCAAUUCUUUUUGCUACAGCUCUUUGAUAUGUAUGCAGUUAUCACUGUAUUUCAUGUCCACUCCUUCUGAAAAGGACUUAGCAGAGAGUUAAGAACAGCAUGGUUCUAGAAAGAAGAUGGGCUCUACUAGGUUAACUGCAAAAGAACUAUGUGAGAAUGAUGACCUUGCCACAACGUUAAUUCUUGACUCCUACCUUGGCUUUAAGACUCAUAAAAUGAAUGUAAGCCCACUCCCAGCCAUCAGGAGAAAGCACCACUUACGGGAGGCAGUAGAAGCUUUCCGGAAGCGCAAGGACCUAGAAGCAUCAUAUCAAGCCUUGAUGCAGGGUGGCUGGGCCUGCCAGUAUUUUGCAAACCGGAGCCAUCAGCAGGAAGCUGCCUUCAAGACUCAUAUUUUUCGGUACCUUCGCAUUUUCCUUCCCGAGAGUGGUUUUGCCAUCAGACGCUGUAGUCGAUAUUCCUUAGAAAUAAAUGGAGCCCGGGUAGUCUCUACAAAAUCAUGGAGAAAGAAUGAUAAGCUGGAGCUUUUAGAAGGCUACAUUGCAGAACUGACAGAACCCGAUGAAAGCCUCCUCCGAGCAGGUGAAAAUGACUUCAGCAUCAUGUACUCCACCCGGAAACAGUGUGCCCAGCUUUGGCUAGGGCCUGCAGCCUUCAUUAAUCAUGACUGCAGACCAAACUGUAAGUUUGUCCCAAUGGAUGGGAACACUGCUUGUGUCAAGGUGCUGCGGGACAUUGAGCCAGAUGAUGAGAUCACAUGCUUCUAUGGUGACGGCUUCUUUGGGGAGAACAAUGAAUUAUGCGAAUGCCACACUUGUGAAAGGAAGGGGGAAGGAGCUUUUCGGCUCCUGAAUCGGACUCCAUUGCUAGCUACCUCAAUCAGUGAGAAAUACCUACUGAGAGAGACAGACGGCCGUCUGCAGAGGUGGAAAAAUCAGUCUUGCAAACUUGCUCAGCGUAAUGUGAAAGGGGGACACAAAGCCCGGCGCAGGAAAUCACGAUUACAUGGUGCUGUACACAGAUAUACCACUCGCUGGUAUCUUAAGAUGCUCAAGCCUUUAUAUAUCCCACUGCACAACUGCUUGGCCUGCAGAACACGUGGAUGCAAGCUCCGUAAGCAGCCUCUGGUGUGUCUGCUUCGUUGUCCUUCUCCUAUGUUAUCUGUAUUGCACCUCAGGCAGUCUUUGGGAAACAAGAAUUGCUACGCCCAGCAAAGCUGCUCUCUUUUAAAGAUGCACAACUGCCCCGAAAGCUCUGAUUUGGCCAACCAGGGCAGCCUGGUAGUGAAUCUUGGGAAGAGAAUUCCCUUGGAUUGGGCAAGGUUUCAUAGGGAAGUAGUGUGCGACAUUAGGGAGGAAAAAUCUUAUAACGCUAGUCAGGAGUUUAGCCAGGGGACUGAGGAAUAUGAUUCAAGGGAUAUGGAGAGUCAUGCUGAUGUUAACGAAACCCAUGAAACAGGAUCUGGGGUUCUCCAUUCGGGAGAGCAAAUCCCCCUUGAUUCUUCAGGUUCUCUUUCAUCCAGCCAGGUCUUGUGCAGAACAAGGAGCACGGCCCAGCGCCAAGCUCAAGUUUUGCCCCAGUCUCAGUUGUCAUUAUCAAUGGUAGACCCCAAGCUUUCACAGUAUGCUCAUGUCCGCCUGGAAGGCCCACUUUUUGGAGGCAGGCCAUGCUGUCAGCAGCCCCCUUCAGACAAGACAGAGAAGGAACAAGCGGAGGAUCAGCAUCUUCCUAAGCGGAUGGUUUCCUUUCCUCCUUUUGUUCCACCCAAACGGCUUCGACUGGUAGUGAGCCAUGGUUCCAUCAACCUCGAGGUAGCUGCAAGCUCCUGUGAGGAGAUGUCUUGAUCUGGCUGAUCUCCUGUGAUUGAAAACAAGACUUUUAGCUUCUUACUGAAUUUACCCAUGAUAACCAUCUACCAGAAUUUGCCUGAAAUUAUCCAUCUUUUUGUUAUGCCCUUCUCCCCAUCACCUUGUAUGGGUUAAUAACAUCUCUUCUGAAGAAAUGUCCCCAGGUGGGCACAAGGCUGCCUAUGCUAAAAACCUUGUGUUCCACUCCUACUUUUUUCCAUUGAAAUUGAUAUUUCAGUUAUCUUUCCAGAGUACUUCCUUUAUCACUUCCUCACUAUUCCUUUAAAAAAAUUGUUCUCCACUACUUUGCCAAACUUUACUGUAUAGUCUUGAAACUUAAGCCAUAUAGUAGACUGCAUGGAUGCUUUGGAUUGCCUCCUGGUCUUUUCUUUGAACUCUACUUUAUCUCCCACAGAGUCCUUUCAUCUUUCUACUCUCGUAUCUCCAUGCUCUGGUUUAUAGUACUGUAGUCAUAGACUUCUUGACAGAUGGACAUGGUAAUUUGGCAUUUAUUGUCCCUACAAAGUGAGGCAGAAUUGGUGAAGUGACUUGUGGAGAAAAGAUAACCAGCAUCUAAUCAGGGAAGUCUCUUUAAAACUUAUUGUGAGAAAACCAGCAACCAGAAGUGCACAUUGGCAUGCAGCCUAAACUGUUCAGUCCAUUUAGCCUGAAGGCUGCUCUUUGCUAAACAGGCUUAUAUAGGGAAUUAAAUGUUCUUGCUCCUCUUCUUUUGCCUCACUGUUUGAGUGCCUAUUGUUACAAGACAGCUAAUUUUCUAGUUUUGGAAGCUACUUUUAUAUUAGUUAAUCUGUGUGACUUGUUUCUUCUCCCAGCCAGAGUUUUAAACAGGUGUCUGGUGGGGCUUUUUAGAAUCUUAAUGAAUUUUAGAUAUUCAGGUGUUUUAUAUUUGAUAAAGUUGAGCUGCUUGGCUCAGGGGCAUUGUGAUAAAGGGGCUUCCUUCCAUGAGAGACUGAUGAGCAGGAUAAAAGUUUUACUCAGUUUAAUGUGGCCUAACUCGGUUCAAAGUCACAUAGGGUAAGUGAAUUUGCUGUAUAUUUUUCCCGUUCAUCUUGCCAUGAUAGGAUUUUGAACAGGUAGGGCACAUUCUGGUGUUAGAAAUCUGAGUGCAAGGUCUAUGGGGAGAGGUGGUGGCAAUUGAAUGGGUGAAACGUUGCAAUUAAGCUUUUCCUUUAAGUGCUUGCUUUGUUUUGAAAUUUUGUGGAGUCCUUUGUGGUGUUGACUUUGGAUACAUAUCCAAGAGUCUUAGGAUAGCCUGAUGUUCCUUUUCCAACUCCUCUUUUUUUGUUUGUUUGGUAUUGUAGUUUGGUGCGGUUAGCAUUAGAAAAGCUUGUCUAGAUGACUUGAAGGUCGUGUUAAGAUAGGGAUUAAGCUGUGCACAUUUGAGAAUAAAUUCCAGUAAACUUAGCCUUUCUGUUAAAUACCUUUGGGUAGAAUCCAGCAAAGGUUCUUUGAGCUCCGUAGUUGGAAAAUCUGAAUUAUAGAGCUUUUAGAAUAGAAUUAGUUUGUCUGGCAUGCCUUUUUGAUCUGAGAUACAUAAUGUAUUGCAAUUUUGGGUUUUUCAAUGCUCUGCAAAAUAGGUGCUGAUUCCUGGGAAACCACUAUAAUUUUGAAAGUAGUUUUUAGGUGCUAGCUUUGAAAAGCUAGGAUGAGCUGAUACUGUUCAACCUGUCCUGAGAAGGAAAUCUUAAGAAGAAUAGACAAUGCAUACUCAUGUAAAAAUAUCAAAGAAACAAUACAGACAGAGACAAUAG